AUGUCAUUGCCCGGCCAUCAAGGCCCCCACAUCCCGGCUGGUGGGGUGCCCGAGCCGGUUAGCCUCUUGGCCCUUCCCUUCAUGACCGACUUCAGGGCUGUUAUAUUCGAUAUUGGCGGCGUGGUGAUGGGCAGCCCGUUCGUCGCAAUUGCCGCCUACGAACGGAAACUGGGGCUUCCUAAAGACUAUCUCAAUUGCUCAAUCGUCGAAAGAGGGGCCGAUGGCGCUUGGCAACGGUUUGAAAGGGGCCAGCUGCCUUUGCUUCCGUUCUACGAGCAGUUCAGCCGUGACCUGAGUGACACCGUUAAUGGAAACAUUUGGUACAAGAGAUACUGCACGCGUAGAGGAAUAGAAUGCCCCGUCCUACCCAGCAGCCUAGCCGUGGAUGGCCGAGAACUGUUCGGAUCUAUGAUUCGGGAGUCGGGCUCUUACGACCCGCAUAUUCUCCGAGCUAUCCGCCGGAUUCGAGGUGGGACAUGCAUGCUACUCGAUGUUCUUGCAGCUCAGAAUGUUCUCGCAGCUGCUGGAAGACAUAGGAUAAUUGCGCUCACAAAUAACUUUGCUCGCACAUCGACAGAGAACCCCAUUCCCCAGUCGGAACUCGAAUUCCUUGGUUGGGACCGGGAAGGCGCUACCCCCAGCUCACUCCGAGGCCUGUUCGACGACUUCUGCGAUAGCAGCGAGCUGGGCGCUCGCAAGCCAGAACGUCGCUUCUAUCAAAUGGCAUUGGACCGUAAUGGCAUACGCCCGCAGCAGGCUGUGUUCUUGGACGAUAUCGGCAUAAAUCUCAAGGCAGCGAAGGACCUGGGAAUGGAGACCAUCCAUGUCCCCAUUGGGGGCACCUUAUCCGCGGCGCAACAAUUAGAAGCUAAGCUAGGCAUUGACCUCACGGGACGUCCAUUCGAAGAGGAAGCGACCAUGGCCAAGUUGUGA